GCUGCACUCUAUUUUAAUGAGCUCAUGAGUUUCAGCCGGUUUGCUUUAACAGUGACUUAGUUUUAUUUCUGUAAUAUCUGAGCAGCCAGUUAAAAAUCAAUAUCAUGUGCGUGACGUCGCGUCCCACAGGUGUGUGAGGCUGACCAGCAGGGACAGAGGUGCAGAAAUGACACCGUGUCAUUAUUAAAACCUGCGCAGCGUGCAGAGGGGUGUGUGCUGUCUGCAGCACCAACAUUUUUUACAGUGGACAGGUUGUGGAGAGACUUCCGCACUACCUGUGUGAGGAUUAAAAGACUCCUACGACAUAUGAAAAACGCUUGAAAACAAGGUCACAGAUAUUAAAGACUCCAGAGUUUCUGACGUCACUCAGCAGCAGUGCACUGUUCCUGUUUCCUCCCGAGCCCACCAUGCCGAUCGACAUGGCAUUACCUCUGUACCUGUCCAAAGAGGAGUUUGUCUACAGGACGUCUCCUAAAACAUGCAAACCUGCCCUGAACUCCUGCCUGAGGUUCCAGCCCUCGCCCUGCGUGGAGCAGAUGGAGCCCGCGGAUGGAAGGUCCUCCAGGAAAGACUCGAGAAAAGCCAAGAAGCAGGUGACGUUUGCCGACCACAAGGGGCUGUCUCUAACCAGAGUGAAGCUCUUCUCCCAGUUCACCGAUCCCAUCGAUAUUCCCGUGAACAUCCAGGAGAUGCUCAGCUCUGCUCUGUCUCUGACGGCUGGGGAGGACAAACUGGUGCUGGACUUCACUCAGCCCUCCUCAGACUACCUGCACUUCCGUCAGAGCCUGGAGAAGAACUUUGUCUGUCUGGAGUACUGCGUGUUGAAGGAGAAGUCCUUGGCGGGAACCGUUAAAGUCAAAAACGUGUCCUUUGAGAAGUCUGUGAAGCUGCGGGUGACAUUCGACAGCUGGAGGAGCCACACGGACGUAGACUGUGAGUACAUGAAGGACACGUAUCCCAGCUCGUACAGCGACACCUUCUCCUUCACCGUGUCUCUGCCGGAUCAGCUGAUGCCUCACGAGCGGGUCGAGUUCGCCGUCUGUUACAAGGUUGAUGGACGUGAGUACUGGGACAGCAAUAAUGGGAGCAACUACAGGAUCAUCUGGUCCUCCAUGAAGAGGAGCCAGCAGAGCGCCUGCAGCCGCCACUCUGACUUUGGGAUUCAUUUUGACCAAUACGGCAGCCCCACCUGCUCACACGGGAUCUUCCCUGAUUGGUCGAGUUACGCAGGAUAUGAGAAUAGCGGCCCGUACUACUGAACAGGACGUUUGUGGUGUUUACAUCCCACGUUGAGCUUCUGUUGAUGUUGCACAUCACACACCUGCUGACUCGCCAAAAUGUGGACAAACUUCUGAAUUAUUUUUGUCUUUGUCAGGGGUUACCUGGGGUUACCUCAACGCGAAAAUAUUAUGUAACCUUCCUGUUCCUGUUAUGUCAUUGCUGCUCGACCUGCUGAUGGUUCUUUUCAUUUUCAGUUCAUCAUUUUAUUAAUUUCUUCAUUUAUUCUAAGUUUCAGAGAUCUUGUUUUGUGCAAGCAGAGGUCCAAAACUCACAUAUUCAGUUUAUUGUGAUAUAAAACAGAGAAAAACUGAAUAUGUUUGGCAUUUUUGACUUUAAAAAAAGAAAGAAAAAGAAACCAUAAAUAAAUUAUUAAAUAGUUGCAAAUUAAUUUUCAGUCAGUCGCCUAAUCAUUUAACCGACCAAUAAUUUUAUCUCCACACAGCCUUACCUCAAAGUAACGGUUAUAUUUCCCACCAGUUGCUGCCUCUAUAGAUGGUUUGAAAUAAUGGACGUAGCCACAGUGACAUCAUGGACUCCCGUCUUGCAUUUUAGCUGACGCCAUCUUGGAUUUUUGGAGCCAGAAGUGACCAUAAGCUAUUCAAAAUGCUAGCUGUUAGCUUGGUUAGAAUGGUGCACUUACAGCUAUGGUUAACAGUGCUAAUGCUAAUUUUUGCCUGGAAAACACCCAGAAACUUCCGAAGUAGCCACGUUGACAUCUCCUGCCUCGAGUUUGCCAAAUUGGUCGUUGCCAUCUUGGAUUUUUGGAGCCACAAGUGACCGUACGCAUGGUGCUAACUCUAAUGCUAGCUGAGGGUCUUUGAUUUUUGGAGCUAGAAGUGGCCAUAUUUGGACGAAAGGGUGGAGCUAACCAUAAUCAGCUAAUGCUAAUUAUAGCAAGCAUAAAUCAAGCUUAAAACCAUUAAAACAAAAUUUACUUGCCAGAAGAACUGAACAUCCAGGUAGAUGUAGCCACUGUGACAUCAGCCAUUGGUUUGUGGACUCCGAUUUUUAAGCCUCAAGUUUGGCAUUUUGGCCGACACCAUCUUGGAUUUUUGGAGCUAGAAGUGACCAUAGCCAACCCUAAUAAUAGCUGCUAGCUUGGUUAGCGCAGUGCUUUUGAAGCUAUGGUUAACAGUAAUGAUGCUAAUUUUUGCUACUGAAAAACAGGCUUAAAACCAUUGAAACAAAAUGCACUUUAUGUAAACACAGAACAGCCGACAGCCGAAUUUUUCAGUUAUACCAAAUGCUGAACAAGGUGUUUUUAGGUGACCAAAACGUCACAGUAAAAAUUUAGCUUCAGCUACACCCGAACCGUGGUUGGGACUUGGCAAUGGAUGGCACCCACCUCUAAAUCAAAGUGGCCACGUCCUUAAUUAUGCAUGACAUUAAGCUGUAAUAAAAUCUAAACGACAGAGUUAUAUCAAAAUUCACCCUCUGUACAGUUGUAAUGAAUGUUGAAAUUAUCUAAACUGCUGUAAACAUGUUUAUUUCUGCUGUAAAGACAUUUUAACGUGAGUCUGGGGACUGACUCGCUCUUGGAGCCAGCCUCUAGUGGACAUUAGAGGAACUGCAGUUUAUUUCUUAGCCCUGGAAGAUGCUGCUUCGUCGUCUCAGGUGGUUUCUCAACACAACAGCUGAAGUUGUUCCACCAUAAAAUGCAUCAAAUGAGUUUCAGUCCAGUUUGAAUCAAAUGUGCAAUUUCUGUCAAUGUAUGAUUAUUUUUUAAAGGCGUUUAAACAAAUGUUUACCGUCAUGAAAUCACUGUGGAAUUCUCAGGUUAAAUCUGCAUCAUGUUAUUGAUUUGAAUGAGAUCUGAACUUUGAGGAAUGUUUCACUGCAGCGACUCUAAAGUUGAACCUUCAGCAGCUUUUAUUUGAACAAGCUGAUGUGCUGGUUUUGUUUGCACAAGAGAACACUAAAGAGAAACAAGGUUUGCUCAUGUAAAACAUUAGUUUAGCCAGAGCAUUGAUUAUUUUUUUUGUUUUAAACUUCUUUUUGUGUGUAUUUUAACAUCAGUGUUGAGGGAUCGAAUGUGUCUGAAUGGGAUUUUUUAAGUAGGUGUAAUCUCAGAAAUGCUGGUCAGUAAAGCCAUACAUUUAAAGUUCUUACAUUUAAAGUUCUUACAUUUAAAGUUCUCAUUAUACGUUUUUAAAUGUUUGUGUGUUGUUCAACUGUACAAUCUGCUGUCCGAAAAAAACAAUAAAAUUACAUAUUUUUAUAAUCUAA